AUGACGCCAUCACCUUCCGAAGCCGUAGCAAAGGUUGCGCAAGCCGCUGCCGGCACCAACUCGUCCGCAAAGGUGUACAAGAGGGAGUCCAACACAGCUAGGGUAUUGGGUGCAGGAUGUGCGGGUAUCGCAGAGCUUAUGGUCUUCCACCCUGUCGACACCACAGCGAAGAGGUUGAUGAGCAACAUUGGAAAGAUUGAAAACGCAGCGCAUCUUAACAAGGUCGUCUUCAGGGACGCGGCCAACGCCUCGGUCGGUGGUCGUUUCCUUUCUCUCUUCCCCGGUCUCGGCUACGCUGCCGCAUACAAGGUGCUCCAGCGAGUAUACAAGUUUGGCGGACAGCCCUUUGUACGGGACUACCUCGCGCACAACCACGGUGACAGCUUCGACCGCGCAUUCGGCAAGGGCAACGGCAAGGCCAUCAUGCACGCAACUGCAGGUUCCAUUAUCGGUAUUGGUGAGAUCGUUCUCCUGCCAUUGGACGUACUCAAGAUCAAGCGACAAACAAACCCCGAGGCUUUCCGAGGCCGUGGUCUGGUCAAGAUUGUCUCAGACGAAGGAUUUGGACUGUACCGUGGUUGGGGAUGGACCGCAGCACGUAACGCGCCAGGCUCGUUUGCGCUCUUCGGUGGUUCCGCCGUCGCCAAGGAGUACCUCUACAAGCUCUCCGACUACAACUCGGCAUCAUGGUCGCAAAACUUUGUUGCCUCCAUCGCCGGAGCUAGCGCGUCGCUCGUCGUCUCUGCUCCUCUCGAUGUCAUCAAGACCCGUAUUCAGAACAGGAACUUUGAGAACCCCGAGAGUGGAUUCAGGAUCGUGUCCAACAUGAUGAAGCACGAGGGCUUCACUUCCUUCUUCAAGGGACUGACACCUAAGCUGCUCAUGACCGGACCUAAGCUCGUGUUUUCCUUCUGGUUGGCCCAAACGCUGAUCCCUGCCUUUGGCAAGAUAAUGUAA